AUGAAUAUAGUUUAUAAACCACUAGAUCUUGAUAAUCAAGAACAAUUUCAAAAUUUGAAAAGUCUAAUAGAUGCCGAUUUGUCUGAACCGUACUCCAUAUAUGUUUACAGGUAUUUUCUUAAUACCUGGCCAGAAUUUGCAUAUUUAGCAUUUUCUGAAGAUGAUAUUCCAGACAUGCCAAUUGGUUGUAUAAUAUGCAAAAGUGAAGUACAUAGAGACGUUAGGAAACGUGGAUAUAUUGGGAUGCUAGCAGUUGAGAGUAAAUAUCGUGGUAAUGGUAUUGCCAAAAAAUUAGUUAAUAUUGCCAUUGAGAAGAUGAUUGCUGAUGGUUGUGACGAAAUAAUGCUGGAGACAGAAGUAGAAAAUAAAGCUGCUUUAAAUUUAUAUGAACGCAUGGGCUUCAUUAGGGUGAAAAGAAUGUUUAGAUAUUAUAUGAAUCAUGGCGAUGCUUUUAAAUUAAUUCUGCCAAUAACAGAAAAAUGUGGCAGAAGAUCCACGUUUUCACAACACAUUGAAGUGCCUCCUAAUGGAACUGGCAUUUCAAAAGGCGUUAUAUGA